GUUUGGGAUCACUUAUAUACGACCUAAGGAAGCUUUUUAACGUGGUAUAAGGGGCGGAAGUCGUCGUUUUAAGAUUCGCCAUUUUUGAAGCUUCAAAGGUGCGGCUUAGUUACAGACUCGAAUUCGAACGUGUUUAAGCUUGUUCUUGGGUCAAGGGAGGUUAUAUUUGAGUGCAUGGGACCCUAAGGAUUGUUUUUGACGUAAGAAAACGAAGCUUUAACGUCCAAAACGAAAAUCCAAAAUUUUGGACUCCAUUAAAGACGGUACACCGCCAACGAAGAAGACAACCCCGAUCUGCCUUCUCGGACCACUUUUCUUGAUCGUUUUGAGGUCCUGAGCAUUGUGGAGAGCUUCCCCAAUCGAAAGGAUGCUUCAAGAGCAAUCGGAGACAAAGUUACACUUUACCGGCGACGAAACCGACGAGAACGCCGGCGACCGCGUUCUGACCGUUUCUGAGGAUCUUGUUCUCAACAAGGAAAUUCGUUGAGGUGCUCGAGGUAGCAAGUGUGGUCUUAGCAACUGAGGAGUUUAGAAAUGCCUCCUAGAAGGUCAGUUAGAGUGGGUCGAGGUCGAGGUCGAGGUCGAGGCCAAGGCCAAGGCCGAGAUGAUGGAGGGAUCAAUGAACCACCUCAAGCACCACAGGGAUGGGAAGAGCGCAUUGCCGCACUGGAAGGAAUCAUUCAUAGGCAGGAUGAAGAACUUCGUCAGCUGAGACGUCAACCGGAGCCGCCAGUCCAAAUAAGGCAGGAUGCAGAAAAUAGAGACCCACCAGCUGCAGUGGUAUAUCCUGCUAAAGAGGCUAGACAUGAGUUGUUAGCAGAGAGAUUUCGGAAACAACACCCACCUGAGUUUGAGGGAGGCAUAGACCCGGUAGUGGCUGAGGAGUGGAUAAGUCGCAUAGAAAGCAUUUUGCAGAUGCUAAGGGUGGAUGGGAAUGACCGAGUGAAGUGUGCAUCUUACAUGCUGAGGAAAGAUGCUCGUAUCUGGUGGGAGGUGGUGGAACAAACAAAGGAUGUGGAUACCAUGAACUGGGACGAUUUCAAAAGGGUCUUUAAUGAGAAGUAUUAUAACUCAGCAGUUCUAGCAGCAAAGGUCGAUGAAUUUACUGGGUUAGUCCAAGGGAGUCUUACUGUGACUGAGUAUGCACAAAAAUUUGAUAGGUUGGCAAAAUUCGCUCCAGAUCUGGUACCUACUGAUAGAGUGCGAGCACAUCGAUUUGUGGAGGGCCUAAAACCAAUGGUUGCUCGAGAUGUGGAAAUUGUGUCAAGGGGUCAAUUCAGUUAUGCUCAAGUUGUCGAAAUGGCUCUUACGGCGGAGCGGAGUGAAAAUAAAAUUUGGAAGGAAAAUGCUGCCAGGAGAGAAUCUAAGAAAGGUGGAGCCAAUUCUAAUGACCACAAGAAACGGGGACAGGACCAGUCCGGGCAGCCAAGUCAAGACAAGAGGUACAAAAGUGAUAACGACCAACGAUUUAAUGGCAACAGUGGGCGAAACAUUCCAGAAUGCCCUAAAUGUACCAAACGUCAUCUCGGCGAGUGUCGCGCAAAAGCAUGCUACAAAUGUGGAAAAGAAGGACACAUCAAACGCAAUUGCCCACUGUGGGGACGGAGGCGGGAACAGAGCAGUAACCCAAGAAAGAUGACAAGUAUGUUCCAGCCGCAGUUUUUGCCAUCACUCAAGCAAGGCGAGGCCGGUCCUUCGGUUGUAUCGGGUCGUAUUCCUAUGGCCAACACCACUUGUAAAGUUUUGUUUGAUUCUGAUGGAGAGACUUUCGAGUUCAGGGGGGUAGGAAAGAAACCCCGCACUCCUAUUAUUUCGGCAAUGAAGGCUGGGCAACUAUUACAGCGUGGGUGCUUAGGGUAUCUAGUUAAUGUGGUUGAUGACACCAAGAAAAUUGAAAGAAAGCCGGAGGAAACACGGGUAGUUGCUGAGUUUCUUGAUGUAUUUCCAGAGGAGUUACCCGGGUUACCACCACACAGAGAAAUCGAAUUUGUGAUAGAAUUAGUGCCCGGGACAGCACCAGUUUCCCGUGCACCAUAUAGAAUGGCACCAUCUGAAUUGAAAGAACUCAAAAUACAGUUGGAAGAAUUGCUUAAGUUAGGGUUUAUCAGACCUAGCUACUCUCCGUGGGGCGCACCAGUUCUAUUUGUUAAAAAGAAAGACGGUACUAUGAGAAUGUGCAUAGAUUACCGAGAAUUGAACAAGGUGACUAUAAAGAAUCGGUACCCACUACCGAGGAUUGACGAUCUGUUUGACCAGCUUCAAGGGAAAAAGGUGUUUUCUAAGAUUGAUCUUCGUUCAGGGUAUCAUCAGUUAAGAAUCAAAAAUGAAGAUAUACCGAAGACAGCCUUCAGAACGAGAUACGAGCAUUAUGAGUUCAUGGUGAUGUCAUUUGGACUUACAAAUGCCCCAGCAGCUUUUAUGGACCUCAUGAACCGAGUCUUCAAGGAAUAUCUGGAUCAGUUUGUCAUUGUAUUCAUAGAUGAUAUACUGAUUUAUUCUAAGACAGCGGAGGAACAUGAGGAGCACUUACGCUUGACCUUGCAGCGACUGAGAGAACAUCAAUUGUAUGCCAAGUACAAAAAAUGUGAGUUCUGGUUGUCCGAGGUUGCAUUUUUGGGCCACAUUGUCACUAACGGGGGAAUAAAAGUAGAUCCUGCCAAGGUUGCUGCAGUUAAAGAAUGGCCUAGACCAAAGACCGCCUUAGAGGUUCGAAGCUUUUUGGUUAAAGCAGAGCAUCAAAGACCAGCGGGAUUGUUACAACCACUGAAGCUCCCUGAAUGGAAGUGGGAAGAGAUUUCCAUGGAUUUUGUGACUGGAUUACCUAAGACUACAAAGCAACAUGACGCCAUUUGGGUAGUCAUUGAUAGGUAUACAAAAUCUGCCCAUUUUCUACCAGUACGCAUGACUUACUCCAUGGACCAUUUUGCUGAACUUUAUGUGAAUGAGAUUGUGAGAUUACAUGGGGCACCGUAUUCUAUUGUUUGUGAUCGAGAUGCUCGGUUCACUUCAUCUUUUUGGGAAAGCUUACAGAGAGCAAUGGGAACUCGAUUGAAGUUCAGCACUGCAUAUCAUCCAGAGACAGAUGGUCAGACUGAGAGAACAAAUCAGAUCUUGGAAGAUAUGUUGAGGGUCUCCACUGCAUUGGGAUGA